AUGCAGCCGGUCACGCUAGCCCUUCACUACGGCGGCGGCUGCGGCAGUCAGCAGGCACCGGCGUUCCCCGCGGGGCCAGCGUGGUCCGGCCCUGGCAUCCACGGUCAGUAUGGGCCUCUGCGUAGUCGUGCGGGGGGUGGGGGCCGUGGCGGUGGCGGACCCCGCAGGCAGCCCAUGUGCGCGAAGUGUCGGGCGGCCGGGAAGCAGGGGUAGGACAUCAUCCAUUCGUUCCGGGUGUGCCCCCUCACGCAAUGCAAUAAGGGCCAGCAGUUUGGGCACAUUCGCAGGCACUGCCCGAACUGAUAGCGGUAUUCCCAGUAGUCUAUGCGGUGAUGCCGCUCCGGGUUAGUUGGAGCGUUCUGUUCUCGAGUUUGCCCGGUAGCGUGUGCGUUGCUGCCGUUCGGGGUCAGUAGGAGAGGUUUCAUUUCUUUUUUGGUUCUGACUCUCGUAUGUACGCUGGGUCUGUUUCUUCCCAUGUUCCCGAGGU